GAUUUUGAUCUCUUAGACUGUGGUAAAGAUGAAAUGACCAUAUGUUGGAAGGCUCCUAAAUUCACAGCAGGAAGGGAAAUUCUGGGAUAUUUUCUGGAUCAGCAUGAUUCUUUGGAGGUGUCAUGGCGAGAUGUCAGUAAUGAACCGAUUUCUUCCAGGGUUUAUACGGUGACAGGCCUAACUGAGGGACAUUUUUAUGAGUUUCGUGCACGAGCAAUAAAUAUGGCAGGUGUUGGAAAGAUGUCAGAGCCAAGUGAUCUUUUUAAAUGUGAGGAAUGGACAAUGCCUGAGCCAGGUCCCCCUUAUGAUGUCCGAUGCAGAGAAGUACGUGAUAGCACAUUGAUGCUCCUUUGGGAGCCCCCUGUCUAUACUGGGAACAGCCCAGUCAAUGGCUACAUAGUAGAAGUAUGUGAGGAGGGCACAAAGGCUUGGAGGAAGAUUAAUGAGGAG